CUGUCUCUCUCUGUCUCUCCUAAUUCCCAACGUCCACUCCAUAGACUCCAACAACCCACCAAAAGCCAUUUUCAACACAAACAAACUCUCAGUCUGCUUUCUUCGCCUCCUCGGCGGAUUUCUCAAUAAACCCCACAAACCCUCUUCCUCUUCCUCUUUAUAUUUAUUUAUUUCUUUGUUUGUUAUUACACUCCUAAACCCACCCACCACCCACCACACACCCCAAUAUUCCCUCUGCAUUUUCACGCACUCACAUAGCAUGGCUUCCAUUCCAUCGCAACUAUCGAAACCCAUUUUCUCCACCAAACCCACUUCGCAAACGACUCUCUUUUCGCUACCCACAACCCAGAGGAUCAAAUCUCGGCCAUUCUUGGUCCGCAGCUCCGUUGCCGUUGCGCCCUCUGCGGCCGUUGGCUCAAAGGCCUCGGACAAGGUAAAGAAUGUGAAGGCGCGGCAGAUCGUGGACAGUAGAGGUAAUCCCACGGUUGAGGUUGACCUGAUCACGGAGGAUGGCUCGCUCUAUCGGUCGGCCGUCCCCAGCGGCGCCUCCACUGGGAUCUACGAGGCCCUUGAGCUGAGAGAUGGUGACAAGAGUGUUUAUGGGGGUAAAGGAGUCCUCAAUGCCGUUAAGAAUAUUAAUGAUUUCUUGGGCCCUAAGCUCGUCGGUGUUGAUGUCAGGAACCAGACUGAUGUUGAUGCGGUUAUGCUGGAGAUUGAUGGGACCCCAAAUAAAUCAAAACUGGGAGCUAAUGCUAUUUUAGGAGUUUCUCUUAGUGUGUGCCGAGCUGGUGCAGGAGCAAAGGGAGUGCCGCUUUACAGGCACAUACAGGAAUUAUCAAAUACAAAAGAGCUUGUUAUGCCAGUCCCAGCAUUCAAUGUAAUCAAUGGAGGUAGCCAUGCCGGUAACAACCUGGCCAUGCAAGAGUUUAUGAUAUUGCCAGUAGGAGCAAGCUCAUUUUCUGAGGCACUCCGCAUGGGCAGUGAAGUUUAUCAUAUUCUGAAAGGAAUUAUCAAAGCUAAAUAUGGACAAGAUGCAUGCAAUGUCGGAGAUGAAGGUGGAUUCGCUCCAAAUGUCCAGGAUAACAGAGAAGGUCUAGUACUGCUGAUGGAUGCAAUUGAAAAGGCAGGGUACACAGGCAAGAUCAAAAUAGGGAUGGACGUUGCUGCUUCAGAGUUCUUGACUAAAGAAGGGAAGUAUGAUCUCAAUUUCAAGAAACAACCAAAUGAUGGUGCUCAUGUGCUGACAGCCGAAAGUCUUGGUGAUCUUUACAAAGAGUUUGUGAGGGACUUCCCCAUUGUAUCAAUUGAGGAUCCGUUUGACCAAGAUGAUUGGAGUUCGUGGUCAUCACUGCAAUCCUCAGUUAGCAUCCAACUCGUUGGUGAUGAUUUAUUAGUCACUAAUCCGAAAAGAAUUGCAGAAGCAAUUCAGAAGAAGGCCUGUAAUGCUUUGCUACUGAAGGUUAACCAGAUUGGGACGGUCACUGAAUCCAUUCAAGCAGCGCUUGACUCAAAGGCUGCUGGAUGGGGAGUGAUGGUUAGUCACCGCAGUGGUGAGACAGAAGACAAUUUCAUUGCUGAUUUGUCUGUCGGCUUGGCCAGUGGACAGAUCAAGACAGGAGCUCCUUGCCGAAGCGAGCGGUUAGCCAAAUAUAAUCAGCUCCUGCGUAUUGAAGAAGAACUCGGAAGUGUCCGCUAUGCUGGUGAAGCUUUCAGAUCCCCAUAGGAAAAGAGCAACCUUGACUUUUUUCAUGUUGGAGGGGUAAUCUCAAAACAAAUGAUAGUGUCUAUGUAUUCUAGAGUUGUUUGUAUAUCUAGUAUGAUUAGAGAUUUGUUGAGCGCAAAAAUUUGGCCUUGUGCACAUUAGCCAAUUGUUGAGGCAAUCCUACUAAAAAUAAUGAGUCAUCAGAGGAGAGGAAUGAUGUUUUGACUAUAACUGGAUUGGUUAAAUUCUGUGGUUCUCUCUUCCUUUUUACUUGAAAGAAACCUUCUUAUGUUGCCUCUGCGAGA